ACUACAACAACAGUUAUCGCAAGUCUGACGCAACAGCCACCAUCAUCGGACCAUUCAUAAAAAGGAUCUCUGCCCGCGUGCUUCGCGGUCACGAUGGAGCAUCGUGAAAGCGCUGGGUUAUUCCGCUAUCAUUAGAAUUUGUUUGCAAAUAACCAAAGCGCGCGAGAUAAUCUUCACAAAAUCACCUCCACUAGUGUAGAUUUGUGAGUUUCCAGUAAAAAUGCAGUGUUUUGGUAAGUUAUUAUCGCAGCCCCGGCUCAGCCUGGCUCGGUGGCGGCAUCUCAACCGAGGUUACACACAAUCAUCAGCUGGACCACCGGCAAAACCGCCACCACCCUCGGGGUUGUCGGUGCAGCGAAUGUGGAAGCGCCUCUUCGGUCGCUAUCUUCUAGUCACAAACACUAUCAGUUCCGGAUUGCUGAUGAUGCUCGGCGAUGUCGUGGCGCAAAAAAUCGAAAUGAAGCGCGAUGGGAGCAAACAGCGGGAGCUCGACUGGUAUCGAAUAGGUUGCAUGACUCUGGUUGGUAUCUCGCAAGGACCGCUGCAUCACUAUCUGUAUCUGUGGAUGGAUCGAGCCCUUCCCGGAACAGCCAUCCGAACAGUAUUGGCGAAGAUCGGUAUCGAUCAGUUCGCAAUCUCCCCUAUAUUUAUUACUACUUAUCUGUACAGCGCGGGUAUUUUGGAGGGCAAUAGCAUACGACAGUGUACCGAUGAAAUAACGGACAAGUUUGCGACGAUCUACGUCGCCGAUUGGAUGGUGUGGCCUCCGACGCAGUUUAUUAACUUUUACUGGCUGAGUCCAAAGUAUCGAGUUCUGUACAUUAAUGGCAUCACGAUGCUUUACAAUAUAUUUCUGUGUUAUAUUAAACAUAAUGACGAUUUGCGAAUCCGAUUCGAUGAAAGUGAUAGUGUAACAAAGUGAUUAGAUUUUAGGGAAAGCGUUGGGUUUAUUUAUGUUAAACGUACUUAGAACACGGUUCGAUUUUGUUUGAAA